UAAAAGCCCCAUCUUGUUUCCACCACCCCCCACCCCCCACCAUCGUUCUUGAUCCGUACCCCUGUUCCUGUUCCUGUUCCUCGCUCCCGUGUCGUUCGUUGUUUUCUCCUUCCUCUUUCUUCUUUUUCUCGUGUUUCUGAGGUGACCCAGUUCCGGGCUCGCCGGUUCCGACCGUCCCCCCCCCCCACCCCACCUGGCUCGAUCCGGGUCGACCCGAACCCGCCGGGGGAUCUGUGCGAUGCCCAUCUCUGGAUUUGGGCUCGAGCCUUGAUGGGUUGCGUGAGCUCGAAGCAAGCGGUGUCCGUGACGCCCGCGGUCGACCACUCGGGGCAGUUCAAGGACAAUGCGGCGAAGGGGCCGGGCAAUUCGGGCCGGAGCCGGGUCGGGUGGGUCGAGCUGGAGAAGAAGAAGAAGGGGGGCGAGACCGGGGUCGGGGCGGGGCUGAGCGGGAGCGAGCUGGGCGAGUCCGGGCGGGCGAGUUCGAAUGGGGAUUCCUUGAGCUUUAGGUUGGGGAAUUUGCAGAAGUACGUGGAGGGCGAGCAGGUGGCGGCCGGGUGGCCGGCAUGGCUCAGCGCUGUGGCCGGCGAGGCGAUUCACGGGUGGGUGCCGCUGCGGGCGGACGCUUUCGAGAAGUUGGAGAAGAUUGGGCAGGGUACAUAUAGCAGUGUCUUUCGAGCACGAGAUCUUGAAACUGGAAGGAUUGUUGCUCUAAAGAAAGUUCGGUUUGACAACUUUGAGCCAGAAAGCGUCAGAUUUAUGGCACGAGAAAUUUUGAUACUCCGCAGGCUUGACCAUCCAAAUAUUAUGAAGCUGGAGGGGUUAAUCACUUCUAGAUUAUCUUGCAGCAUAUAUCUCGUAUUUGAGUACAUGGAGCAUGAUAUAACCGGACUUUUGUCUUGCCCAGACAUCAAGUUCAGCGAGGCGCAGAUCAAGUGCUACAUGAAGCAACUACUGUCUGGACUUGAUCAUUGUCACUCGAGGGGUAUAAUGCAUCGGGAUAUCAAGGGAUCGAAUCUUUUGGUAAACAAUGAAGGAAUUCUGAAGGUGGCUGACUUCGGAUUGGCCAACUUCUGUAGUUCUGGAAACAGGCAGCCCUUGACUAGCCGUGUUGUGACUUUAUGGUACCGGCCUCCUGAACUUCUGCUAGGAUCAACAGAUUAUGGAGCAUCAGUCGAUCUGUGGAGUGUUGGCUGUGUGUUUGCAGAAAUUAUCCUCGGAAAACCCAUUCUUCAGGGAAGGACCGAGGUUGAACAAUUGCACAAAAUUUUCAAGCUGUGCGGCUCGCCACCUGAUGAUUACUGGAAGAAAUCUAGACUUCCUCAUGCAACGCUCUUCAAGCCUCAGCAGCCAUAUGAUAGCUGUCUUAGGGAGACCUUUUCAGAUUUGCCUGCUGCCGCCGUGGAUUUGAUAGGAACACUUCUUUCAGUUGAGCCUCACAAGCGUGGGAAUACUUCAUCAGCUCUUGCAUCUGAGUAUUUCAGAACGAAGCCUUACGCAUGUGAACCGUCAAGCUUGCCAAUAUACCCUCCUAGCAAAGAAAUUGACGCGAAAAAUCGUGAAGAAGUGAAAAGGAAAAAGGGUGGUGCGAGAGUUCGCGGACCUGAUACUGCAAGAAAACAAACUAGAAAACCCCAUGGAACCAGUAAAUUGGCACCAACAGAGGAUUUCGCACCCCCAGCUAAAGUUGCCGAUAGAAUCGAAGUCAAUGGCAGUAAGCUGCACAUCCUUAAGGAGGGCAAAGUCAUAUCAGGCUGGGAUGCACCGAAGCCAUCACUAGAUUUACCUGAAGAGGCUUCUCAUGCAAAGAAUGCAUCUCAAGGAGACAUUCCUUUCUCUGGCCCAUUACAGGUAUCUUCAUCAAGUGGCUUUGCCUGGGCAAAAAGGCGAAAAGAUGAGGCUCCUGUUAGAUCCCACACUAGAUCCAUUUCCAGAGGUCACAUUUUCAAUGUGUUAGAACCUUCUAUUACCUUGCAACCGAGGAAUAACGUCGACUCGAAGCGUCAUGAAAACGGUAACUUACCAUAUGGGGCACGUACAAACUCUAGAGGCCAUUAUUCAAAUGACAUUGUGAAGCAUAUGAUUCCAAACCAAUGGGGCCACUUUGAGCGUCCUGAUUCCUUUGAUGCUUCUGAUGAAUACCACUCACAAGAACUAUCUUUGGCACUCUAUCAAAGAGAGGAAAUGGCAGCUAAGAGAAACAAUUUGGGUUACCAUGAUCAUGCAGACAAAGUUGAAUUUUCCGGGCCAUUAUUGUCUCAGUCUCACAGAGUUGACGAACUGUUGGAAAAACAUGAGAGGCACAUCCGUCAAGCAGUCCGAAGAUCAUGGUUCCAAAGAGCAGGGAAGAAGCAAGGUAAAUAACAGGAUACCACUCCUGGAACUUUUGGAGCUAGAAAACUUUGGUGGACGAAAUCGGAGCUACAAUGUUCGGCUUCUCAAGCACAAAUCCGGAUGGACGCUGCUGAAAUGCCGAUCUUUAUGAGUCGUUAACGGACUAUUCUUCCCCAUAAAAAAAGAACUGACUAUGCUUCAUCAAGAGACACUGGCCAUGGAAGGAUAGAAGAAAAGAGAGAGAUUGCCAUGUGGAGGGACUUACAGUUAUCAAAUGACUGAGUUGGAAGAGAUCAGGAGGAAGCAAGGAUCCACGAUGUCUCAUUUUUGUGAUAAUGGCUCAUCUUUUUAACCUUUUUAUCCUUGUCCAUUUUCUCUCACCUCAAUUACAUUUGCUUUCGGAUGGUUUAUCGUAUCCGUGGCAGCAAUGUACAGAUGAAUGGAGAUGGAUUUCGAUGGCCUUUGGUGUUCCAAAUGUUACACAAGGCUAGUGCUUAUUCUA